UUCAACAUCCAGGGGUUUUGGUACCUAAAGUAUAUUAAAGAAAGAAACAAAUAAAUCCCCUUAAGGAAAAAUAGAACGAUAAAGAAGAAUUUUACAGCUUUAAAAUUAUCUGAUUUUUCAUAGCAUUAAAUCUGUGACCUAAAAAAGGGAGGAGUGCUUCUGUGAAAUUCAGUCCAAAGACAAUCAUUUUGCAGAUAGGAGUUCUUAAAGCAUUUAAAUGGAGCACCCAGUCUGGAAAAAACCCACAUUUGUGUAAAACCUCAAAGGACCCCAGUUGUACCAAAUAGGCAUUGUCUUAUUUACACACCAAACUGCAUCCAUUUUUGUAUCCCUUGUGCCAAAAUAUUCCCUUUCUGAUUAUUUACUAUUCACCUUUUUAUCUUGGAUACUUACAACUUCUAUUCUGAGAACAUUACUUUUAUGCAUUUUCUAAAAUACAUAUAAUUUACAGAAGAAAACAAUAAUUAACUGCAUGCUUACGGAAUAAGAUGGCAUGUAGGAUGUGUUAACAAUAACCUUGGAAAGAGUCUUCAUGUGGUGAUAAUGCCUCACUAGUCUUCCGACCUAAUACCCAACUGUAAACCUGAAUCUAUUAAGGGGGAGUAAACCCUUUCUGAAAUAACACUUUUAACUUUUUCCAAGCUACACAAAGAAGAAGAAACAUGAUUCAAUGGAGUUGGGAAAUGGCACCAGGGUAAAAGAAUUUAUAUUUCUAGGACUUACUCAGUCCCAAGAUCUCAGUUUGGUCUUAUUUCUUUUUCUGUGUUUUGUGUACAUGACAACUCUGCUGGGAAACCUCCUCAUCAUGGUCACUGUGACCUGUGAGCCUCGCCUUCACACCCCCAUGUACUUCCUGCUCCGCAAUCUAGCCAUCCUUGACAUCUGCUUCUCCUCCAUCACCGCUCCAAAGGUCCUGGCAGACCUUCUGUCAAAGAUAAAGACCAUAUCCUAUACUAGCUGCAUGACACAAACGUUCUUCUUCCACCUCCUCGGUGGAGCAGAUAUUUUCUCUCUCUCUGUGAUGGCAUUUGAUCGCUACAUAGCCAUCUCCAAGCCCCUGCAUUAUGUCACCAUCAUGAGUAGGGGGCGAUGCACUGCCCUCAUUUUGGCUUCCUGGGUGGGGGGCUUUGUCCACUCCAUCAUGCAAAUUUCCCUAUUGCUGCCCCUCCCUUUCUGUGGACCCAAUGUUCUUGACAGCUUCUACUGUGAUGUCCCCCAUGUCCUCAAACUCGCCUGUACAGACACCUCUGCACUUGAGCUCCUGAUGAUUUCCAACAAUGGCUUAGUGAGUACCCUGUGGUUUAUCUUCCUGCUUGUGUCCUACACAGUCAUCCUAAUGAUGCUGAGGUCUCAGGCAGGGGAGGGCAGGAGGAAAGCCAUCUCCACCUGCACCUCACACAUCACGGUGGUGACUCUGCACUUUGUGCCCUGCAUCUAUGUCUAUGCCCGGCCCUUCACUGCCCUCCCCACAGAUAAAGCCAUCUCUGUCACCUUCACUGUCAUCUCCCCUCUGAUGAACCCCUUGAUCUACACUCUGAGGAACCAAGAAAUGAAGUCAGCCAUGAAGAGACUGAAGAGAAGACUCAUGCCUUCUGUGGUGGAAUAGAAUAAGAGUU